GCAAAAAAGGUUUAGAGAGCAAAAUUGCUAAACCGUCUUAAUCAUCAUCACAUAUUUAUUGAAAUCCAAAAUUAUACUAUUAAUCUUCGACACACAGACGCAGAUUUUAUUAAAGACAAAACGAGGAGCUGAGCUCUGAAAUUUUAAGGCCCAAAAAAGGGAAAAAAAACCCUGGUAGAAUUAUUAUAUCUGUCUAUCCAGGGUUUCCAAUCAUAGGUCAAAUAUUUCUAUAUUUACAGUUGCUGUGGGUGUUAAGGCUGGUGGGAGUUGGGGGUUUGGGCAGCCCUGGGGAGUGAAAGUUGUGGAUGCAAGCAGUGGUAUAACUGCGUUGAUUGCUUGGGAGCGACGUUCCAGAUGGAGAUUGACUCGCCGAUGGAGGCCAUGGAUGUCUCUCCUGGAGCUCGCAUUCUGCAGAGGCUGGCUGAACUGGGAAUUCCUCCGGAGUACGUGGAGGGUCAGCAGCCUGGUUUAGUUUCUUAUGUGAAGAAUAGCCAUUUUGAUAUGGCAGAAUUAGUCUCUACAAUCCUUCCUACUGACAAAGAUGCACUAGAGGCUCUUUCAGAAGCUGAGUCUGAGGAAACUGAAAAUAGGGUAGGCCCUACUCUUAAACAGAUACUCCAUGAAAGUAUGGUUUGGUUGCAGUGGCUGAUGUUCAAGAGUGAUCCAGGAACAGCACUGGAGAACCUGUCUCAGAUGAAUGUUGACCAACGUGGUGUUUGUGGAGCUGUUUGGGGGAAUAAUGAUAUUGCUUACCAAUGCCGUACAUGUGAGCAUGAUCCAACAUGUGCAAUCUGUGUUCCGUGUUUCCAAAAUGGGAAUCACAAGGAUCAUGACUACUCUAUCAUAUACACAGGUGGUGGCUGCUGUGACUGUGGGGAUAUUACUGCAUGGAAACGUGAGGGUUUCUGUUCCAAGCAUAAAGGUGCUGAACAGAUACAACCCCUUCCUAAGGAGUUUGCUGACUCUAUGUGGCCUGUUUUGGAUUCAUUACUUGGUUACUGGAAAAGGAGGCUUAUAUGUGCUGAAAGUGCAUCUGAAGCUAAAUCUGAUCAUGUUCCUGAACUCAAAAAGUUCGCUGAAGAGUUGACAUCUGCUGUCGUGGAGCUACUAUUGCAAUUCUGUAAAUGCAGUGAAAGCCUUCUUUGUUUCAUUUCCGGGAGAGUAUUCUCUUCAGCUGGUUUGCUAGAUGUUCUUGUCAGGGUAGAGAGGUUCUUGGUUGGUGGUGAUGUUAGGAAACUGUACGAGUUACUACUGAAAUUGCUGGGUGAACCUCACUUUAAAUAUGAGUUUGCAAAAGUAUUUUUAAGUUAUUAUCCAACGGUUGUGGCGGAAGCCAUAAAAGAGUAUAAUGAUAACAUAUUCAAGGAGUAUCCUCUACUACCAACAUUCUCUGUGCAAAUUUUCACCGUUCCUACACUAACUCCACGACUUGUGAAGGAAAUGAAUCUCUUGCCCAUGCUUCUGGAAUGUUUAGGAGAUAUAUUCAUUUCUUGUGCUGGUGAAGAUGGUCAGCUGCAGAUUACUAAGUGGGUAAAACUCUAUGAAACUACUAUCCGAGUUGUUGAGGACAUUCGCUUUGUUAUGAGCCACUCUGUUGUGCCCAUAUAUGUGACUCGUGAACGGCGAGAUAUAUCAAGAAUGUGGAUGAGACUCUUGGGUUUUGUGCAGGGGAUGAAUCCUCAAAAGAGAGAAACAGGCAUGCAUAUAGAAGAAGAAAAUGACAAUAUGCAUUUGCCUUUUCUUUUGGGUCGUUCUAUUGCAAAUAUUCAUUCACUUUUAGUUGGUGGUGCAUUUUCUGCCAGUGGUCAUGAUGGGAGCGAGGAAGAAACUUUCUUAAAUACAUAUAAACAAGAGUUUGAAGACCAAGAUAGCAUAAGACAUGCCAAAGUUGGGAGGAUAUCACAGGAAUGCUCUGUUAGUAGUAUGACUGGAAGGAACUUGUUUGAUCAUUCAUCAAAGGUUGGUGAUGCAAAAUCUGAUGAUUUUUCUCUUCCUUCAUCAGUGUUAUGGUUAACUUAUGAGUGCUUGAGGGCUAUUGAGAAUUGGUUGGAAGUGGAUAACACAUCAGGGCCUCUCUUAAGUUACUUAUCUCCAAAACUAGGUAAUAUGUCUGGCAAUAAUUUCUUUGCAUUGAAGAGGACUCUGUCUAAGUUCAGGAAAAGCAGAUAUAUUUUUAAAUCAAGCAUAGUGCCAUCUUCAAGUAGUAAACUCAAUAGCUCAGGUGAAGUACUUGGCAGACAAUAUUCUUUACCGUCUCGAAGUGGUAUUAACAUGGGAGUUGGCCGGGAGUCCUGCAAAAGUUUGGGACAAGAAGCAGGCGCUGGUAGUUCUGAUGAUAGUUCUAUGGAUGGAGAAUGUGCUACUGAGUUGGAAGCGCUUCGAGUUCUAAGUUUGUCUGAUUGGCCUGAUUUAGCAUAUGAUGUUAGUUCUGAGGAUAUAUCUGCUCACAUUCCAUUACAUCGAUUACUAUCCAUGGUUUUACAGAGAUCCCUGAGGAAGUGUUAUUGUGAAUCUACACUGCAAAAUGUGUCAAGAGCUACUUUUGGAGAUCCUUCAUCAACCAUCCAUCAGGACUUCUUUGGUCAUAUUUUAGGAGGUUGCCACCCUCAUGGGUUUUCUGCCUUUGUUAUGGAGCAUCCUCUGCGAAUCAGGGUGUUCUGCGCGCAGGUUCGAGCUGGGAUGUGGCGGAGAAAUGGAGAUGCUGCCAUAUUGUCUUGUGAGUGGUAUCGCUCGGUUCGUUGUUCUGAACAGGGUUUAGAGCUUGAUCUUUUUCUCCUGCAAUGCUGUGCUGCACUAGCUCCAGCUGAUCAUUAUGUUAAGAGAAUACUGGAACGUUUUGGGCUAUCAAACUACCUUUGGCUGAAUCUUGAACGGUCUAGUGAGCAUGAACCAAUUCUGGUGCAGGAAAUGCUCACACUUGUCAUACAAAUAGUACAAGAAAGGCGGUUUUGUGGACUGACAAAUACUGAAUGUUUGCAAAGAGAAUUGGUAUAUAAGCUAUCCAUUGGAGAUGCCACUCAUAGUCAGUUGGUGAAAUCACUUCCCCUAGAAGUAUCAAAAAUUGACAAACUUCAGGAAAUAUUGGAUACAGUAGCUGUAUAUUCCAAUCCAUCUGGCAUGAAUCAGGGUAUGUACAAACUGCGAUUGCCAAAAUGGAAGGAACUGGAUCUGUAUCAUCCACGUUGGAAUUCACGGGACUUACAGGUGGCAGAAGAAAGAUAUUUGCGCUUUUGUAAUGUCUCUGCAGUAACCACCCAGCUUCCGAAAUGGUCAAAGAUUUAUGACCCUCUCAGUGGGAUAGCUCGAAUAGCUACCUGUAAAACUGUACUACAAAUUAUUCGUGCUGUACUAUUUUAUGCUGUUUUCUCUGAUAAAUCAACUGCAUUGCGUGCUCCUGAUGGUGUGCUUUUGGCUGCGUUGCAUUUGCUGUCACUAGCAUUGGAUGUCUGUUCCGUGCAAAGAGAAUCUGGUGAGCAUUCAUGUUAUGCAGGUGAUGUUAUUCCCAUUUUGGAAUUUGCACGUGAAGAAAUAUCCACAACCAAGCAUCGCAAUCAGAGCUUGUUAUCCCUUCUUAUUAUGCUGAUGAGGAUCCAUGAAAAAAAGAAGGUUGAUAACUUCAUUGAAGCUGCCACUUCUAGCCUCUCAUCUUUGUGUGGAAAUCUAAUCAGAAAAUUUGCUGAGCUUGAACCGGGAUGCUUCAUGAAACUGCAAAAGCUUGCACCUGAAGUAGUCAAUCAGCUAUCACAGUCCAUCUCAAAUGCUGAUGCUAAUGUCUCUGGGUUUGCUUCAGAUAAUGAUAAACGCAAGGCAAAAGCACGUGAGAUGCAGGCUGCAAUCCUGGAGAAAAUGAGAGCCCAACAGUCAAAGUUCUUGGAAAGCAUUGAUACCACUAUUGACAAUGGGGCAGAGGAUUCAGAAUGUCAAAAAGAAUUGUGCAAUUCUGAUGUUGAAUUUGGGUCUAAAGACACUGAAGAAGUCGUUUGUUCUCUCUGCCAUGACCUUAACUCCAAAAGUCCACUGUCUUUCCUUGUUCUUCUUCAGAAAUCCAGGCUUCUUAGUUUCCUAGAUAGAGGCCCCCUUUCAUGGGCACAAAGUGUCCCUUCAAAAAGAGAAGAAGUAUCUACAGGCGAAAGUGCAGACAAUCUUUCAUCUCCGAGCAGUGCCUCAAGCACUUCACCACUUGGCUCAAAUUCUGAACUAUUGCAUUUGAUUCAGAGUGCAGUUGAUGAUUUUGCAUUGGAUGGGCGAUCUUCUGAAAUAAAUGCUUUCCUCAAAUUCAUUGAAGCCCACUUUCCUUCAGUUAGGAAUAUUGAAUCACCUUCCAAUUCUAAUGACCACAAGGAAAGAACAGCUUCUUCCAUCGAGAUGGUGGAAGACCAUAUGUAUUCAUUGAUACAAGAUGCAAUGCAUGGUAAGUCGUUGCAUAUUAACAACUAUCCUGCAGCUGGAGGCAACCAAGAAAGAAGCACCCAAUGUCUCUUGCUUGGGAAAUAUAUAGCUUCUGUUUACAAAGAAACUGAAGAUUACCCAUCAGUAUCAGAAAGUACUCAUUCUCGCAGACAGACAGAUACCAGAAUGGUUCUUCCAGCCUAUGAUGGAUUUGGCCCCUCAGGUUGUGAUGGGAUUUACCUUUCUUCUUGUGGACAUGCUGUGCAUCAGGGAUGUCUUGACCGCUAUUUAUCUUCUCUGAGGGAAAGAUAUACCAGAAGAAUUGUUUUUGAAGGAGGGCACAUUGUAGACCCCGAUCAGGGGGAGUUCCUUUGUCCCGUAUGUCGUGGACUUGCAAAUUCUGUCAUGCCAGCCUUAGCUAAAGGUUCCAAAAAGGUUCCUGUGUCACCUGUUUUCUCAACGGCCAAUGCAUCAUAUGCUGUGGGUCUUCCAGCCUCAUCAUGCAGAGAAGUGGAUGUGCUUCAAGUUCAAGAAGCAUUGUCUCUUAUGCAAAGUGCAGCUGAUGUUUCUGGAAACAGUGAGAUUCUCAAAUCUAUUCCUUUGCAGCAAUUUGGAAGGCAAAGGUCCAAUCUUGAAUCUGUGUUUCGUGUCCUAUGUAAACUGUAUUUCCCUGGCAAGGACAAGAUUUCAGACUCUGGCAGGAUCAGCCAGUCAUUGGUUUUGUGGGAUACACUGAAAUACUCUAUUGUCUCAACAGAGAUUGCUGCUCGGUCGGGAAAAACUUCCUUAAGUCCAACCUAUGGCCUCAAUGUGUUAUUCGGUGAACUCAAAUCCUCCAACGGAUUUAUUUUAUCCUUGUUGCUAAAUAUUGCUCUAGGAUCUCGAGUAAAGAAUUCACCUAGCAUCUUGCUAAGAUUGAGAGGCAUCCAGCUCUUUGCAAAGUCUAUAUCAUCUGGAUUAUCCCUAGACAAAUUUCCUGCACAUAAUUGCCAUGGAGAAGGAAAUAUGCGGUACAUAUUAGAAAAUUCAGAAACAGAUGCACAAUAUCCAGAUACCCAAUUAUGGAAGAGGGCUUCUGAUCCUGUCCUUGCACGAGAUGCUUUUUCCUCGUUAAUGUGGACACUCUUCUGUCUUCCAAGCCCAUUCUUGUCAUGCGAGAAAUCUUUUGUGUGUCUUGUGCAUCUCUUUUAUGUUGUGACCAUUUCUCAGGCAAUAAUUGUGUGCUGCAGAAAGCAACACUUCAGUAUCACUGAGUUAGGAUACAAGGAUUGCCUGAUUACUGACAUCUGUAAAUUCGUGGGUGAACAUGAGAUUGCUCUGCAAUAUUUUGAUUCCAACUAUAUUGAUGCUUCUUAUGAUAUCAAGGAUGCCAUUCGCAGCCUGAGCUUUCCUUAUUUCCGGAGAUGUGCACUUCUGUGGAGGCUAAUAAAUUCUUCAGUGUCACUGCCAUUUAGUCAUGGUAAUGAUGCCCCUUAUGGAUCAUCAUGUGUGGCUGGUGAUCUGUUGGAUCAUCAAAACAACAUAAUUGAGUUUGUUGGGGUAGAAAAGCUGGAGAAGAUGUUUAAGAUUCCUCCAAUUGAUGUUGUCAUUAAUGAUGAUAUAUCACGAUCCAUGGCUUUGAGAUGGCUGCAUCAUUUCUCAAAGGAGUUCAAAAUUAAAGGACAGUGUGUCCUAUACUCUACACCAGCUGUCCCAUUUAGCCUGAUGGUGUUGCCUUAUUUAUACCAGGAUCUGUUGGAAAGGUAUAUUAAGCAGCAUUGCCCUGAUUGCGGAGCUGCUUUAGAAGAGCCUGCACUUUGCUUACUGUGUGGUAAAUUGUGCUCACCAAACUGGAAACCAUGCUGCAGGGAAAGUGGAUGCCAAACUCAUGCAAUGGGCUGUGGUGCUGGCACUGGAGUAUUCCUGUUGAUUAGAAAAACCUCAAUUCUACUUCAAAGAUCUGCUCGUCAGGCUCCUUGGCCAUCCCCCUACUUAGAUGCUUUUGGCGAAGAGGAUAAUGAGAUGCAUCGCGGCAAGCCAUUGUAUUUGAGUGAGGAACGAUAUGCAGCUCUGACCCAUAUGGUUGCUUCUCAUGGCCUUGAUCGUAGUUCAAAGGUGCUUCGUCAAACAACUAUUGGUUCUUUUUUCAUGCUUUAGAUUGAAGUUCUUAAUAAUAACAAGUAAGGAAGAUUAAGUUCUUAAUCUUGCUGCCAGAUGCCCAAGUUAUUUGAGUUCCCAAAUUUCAAAGUUAGGAUAAAAUGCGGAGGAACUACUGAUUUCUGGUGGUAUGGUUUGAUCAAUGAAAUUGCAGAGGUAACUUGGACCAGUUGCUGCGAGUUGAUACUGUCACUUAAUGGUGGUAAUAGCAGUCAGCUAUAUUCUUGGAUUCUAUACCCAAUUGUACAGAUAGACCCUCGUGUAUAAAUUAUCUUUUCUAUGUUUAUUGUGCUUUUUCUGUACUUAAUAGUUUAACCAGCCUUUGGGCUGCUCUUGUGGCUACUGAUAUUUAUUGGCCGGCUGAUCUCAAAGAGAGAGAGAGAGAGAGAGAUAUAUAUACUUGGAUUGUGCAAGUUUUCAUUAGCUUGGGCUAAAAUUGUGGUUGCAUGGCAAGUAUAUAGAUGUCUGCAGAGGUUUUAUUACUGAGAACAUUGAUGGUACUAAAGGUGCAUAACUCUGCGAGGAGAGCUAUUUUUCAUUUCACGGCCGAGAGGAGCAGAAGGAACCGGAUGGUGUACGUGUUUAGUGCAGUAAGAGGACUGAAAAGGAGAUCUUGUGAGUUGGAUGUUUAAGCUUCCAUCAGUCUCCUCGCUUUUGUUAGCUUGGCCAGGAAUGAUAGCUGCAUGCAGAUUGGUUGUGCUUGUAAUGUUCUGUGGUUUGAUAAACCUGGUUCUGGCUUUCGAUAGCAGAACAUUCCAUGGGAAAAGUUGGAGAGAGAAAUAUUGGCACGAGCUGCAUUAAAUUCUCGACUGCUGCUCGUGCAAGUUUGGUCUCUGGAGCGGUUUUCAUGGAUUGAGGUCCUUUGUAGCGUACCUGCCCUUUUGAUGACUAACUUUUUCAAGACUCAAUUGUAGAAGAGUUAAUGCCUCUCACUGAAAGUUUGUACCGUUGAGAUGUACAAAUUGGUUAAUUUGAAGUUCAUAAUUUCAUUGUUCCAGAACGUAUGCAAAAACUUCUAUGUUAGAGUCUGCUAAUAUUCCAUUUCGGAUUUUGUCCGCCGAUAAA